AUGGAAGCGAGACUACUUGACCAGUUCAUGAGAAAGAACUCAAGUAGAACACCGAAGUCCCAGAGUGGCGAUAAACUGCGUUCCACGCCUCAACGAAGCUGUUUUGGUCGACGAAAAGGAAAUACCAGGAAUAGGAAAAACAAUGGGAAGAAACAUAGAACUCAAAAAAGGAAACGAUGGAUUUGUAUGAACAAACGUGAAGCUUUCGAUGCCAAAAUCUUUCAAAGACCAAUCAGUCUCCUUUAUCCGUUAGAGGUUAACGAAGAAGAUAUCUCGGAGGACAAGAAUGAAGUGGUGACUGGAGGAAAACGUGAAGGACAUGAUAAGAAAACGACU